CUGCGCAAACCAUUUGGCGGGUUUUUCCGGCCACUGGGUCCUGCGCACCCCGGAGUUAGCUUUUCCCAGGCAGGACCUUCUCCCUCUCGAGGCUUCCGCGCCUUCCCUGCGGGGCGCUGGGGGGCUACCCCUACAUUAAAAAAAUAGUAUUUCUGUGCGCUGACGCCUGGGCCCGAGGUCCCGGGUCCUUUGGUCCCGUCCGGCCUCCCGCCCGAGAGUGAAAGGAUAAGAGCACCUUGUCCUGCGCGUCGCCCUCCUCGCCCGCGGAUAGGGCUCGGGUCCGAGCCGGGCGGGCCAGGCCCCGGCCCCUGCUGGGUCGCCAUGUCCGCGUCCACCCAGCAGCUGGCGGAGGAGCUGCAAAUCUUCGGCCUGGACUGUGAGGAGGUCCUGAUUGAGAAACUGGCAGAGCUUUGUGUUCUGUAUGGACAGAACGAGGAGGGGAUGGUGGGUGAGCUCAUAGCCUUCUGCACCAGCACCGGGAAGGCUCGCCUCACCCCGGAGAUCCUGAGCACCUUCGAGCAUGAGAUUCUGAGCAAAAGAUUGUCUAAGACCUGGCACGGCGGCUCCAAGGACAGUGGGCACGCAGGCGCUAGAGACAUCAUUUCUAUACAAGAGCUAAUUGAAGUAGAAGAAGAAGAGGAGACCCUUUUGAACUCUUACACCACACCCUCUAAGGGUCCUCAGAAGCGAGCGAUCACCACACCAGAAACUCCCCUGACCAAAAGGAGCCUGUCUGCUCGUAGCCCACAUCAGCUCCUCUCUCCAUCAAGUUUCUCCCCAAGUGCUACUCCCUCCAAGAAGUACAACUCCAGAAAUAACCGAGGGGAAGUGGUCACCACCUUUGGCUCUGCACAGGGGGUGUCUUGGUCCGGUAGAGGAGGAGCUGGAAGCAUCAGCCUCAAGGCCUUGGGGUGUCCAGAACCACUGACGGGGCGCUACAAAUCCAUGUUCCAGAAGCUCCCAGACGUUCGAGAAGUUCUGACCUGUAAGAUAGAAGAGCUCGGCAGUGAACUCAAGGAGCAUUACAGGAUCGAGGCUUUUACUCCUCUUCUGGUCCCAGCACAAGAGCCUGUCACCCUGCUGGGUCAGAUAGGCUGCGACAGCAACGGGAAACUGAACAGCAAGUCAGUGGUUCUGGAGGGAGACCGGGAGCAUUCCUCAGGUGCUCAGAUCCCAGUGGAUUUGUCUGAGCUCAAAGAGUACUCUCUGUUCCCUGGACAGGUUGUAGUUAUGGAAGGAAUCAACACCACUGGUAGAAAACUUGUUGCCACCAAACUCUACGAGGGUGUGCCGCUUCCAUUUUAUCAGCCCACUGAAGAGGACGGAGAUUUUGAGCAAACCAUGGUUGUGGUUGCCUGUGGGCCCUACACCACGUCUGACAGCUUUGCCUACGAGCCCCUGCUCGAUCUGAUCACCAUCAUCAACCGCGACCGGCCGGAUGUCUGCAUCCUGUUCGGUCCUUUCCUGGAUGCUAAGCAUGAGCAGGUGGAGAACUGUCUGCUGACGAGCCCAUUUGAAGACGUCUUCAAGCAGUGUCUGCGAACCAUCAUCGAAGGGACGAGAAGCUCCGGCUCCCACCUGGUCUUUGUCCCGUCCCUGAGAGACGUGCACCAUGAGCCCGUGUACCCUCAGCCACCUUUCAACUGCUCGGAUCUGUCUCGAGAGGACAAAAAGCGAGUCCUGUGUGUGUCGGAGCCCUGCAGCCUCUCUGUAAACGGGGUGAUCUUCAGUUUGACAUCCACGGAUCUGCUGUUCCACAUGGGAGCUGAGGAGAUCAGUAGCUCUUCCGGAACCUCAGACAGAUUCAGCCGCAUUCUCAAGCACAUCUUGACCCAGAGGAGCUACUACCCACUGUACCCUCCCCAGGAGGACAUGGCCAUCGACUAUGAGAAUUUCUAUGCCUAUGCACAGCUGCCGGUCACCCCAGACAUCUUCAUAGUCCCCUCAGAGCUGAGGUACUUUGUGAAGGACAUCCUUGGCUGCAUCUGCAUGAAUCCCGGGCGCCUCACCAAAGGGCAGGUGGGCGGCACCUUUGGCCGCCUGUACCUCAGGAGGCUGCCGAUGGCUGGGGAGGCGAGGCAGAGCCCGUGUGUUGCUGCCCAGGUGGUCAGGAUCUGAGUCUUCGGGCCUCUUCUGCCCCAGAGCAGCCCUCCAGUGGCUCUAGUCAGAGAGGAGUGGGCGAGGCCAGGGCUGUGGUGGGGCCCUGGCUCCGGUCAGGCUUCCGGAAAGGAGCACUUGCUUCAGAAUGGGCAUCCGCAUCUGAGAGGGGAAAUGGCGGGAAGGCUUUGUGAUUUCUCUACGUGAAUCAAACCACAAACAACUUUUGGAGAAAUAAAAAUAA